AUGUCGGACAAACCUGGCGUCUUUAUCCCGCAAUAUGCGUCCUACAACUGGACGGGCGCUCCCUCCGACUACGAGGCUCUCACGACCAACGAUAUCGGUGGCGAUUCCAGAACGGAAAACUUGAACAAAUGGUUUCAAUCCGGUGAUCAAGCAUUCAUCAUCGUGUCCUCCGCCAUGGUGAUGGUCAUGAUUCCUGGUCUCGCUUUCCUUUACUCCGGUCUCGCGCGCCGCAAGUCAGCUCUGAGUAUGAUCUGGGCUUGUAUGGCUUCGUUCUCCGUCGUCACCUUCCAGUGGUAUUUCUGGGGUUAUUCUCUCGCUUUUUCCCCGACUGCAACCAACGGCUACAUCGGUAACCUGCGCAACUUCGGUUUGAUGAAGACAUUGGCCGAUCCUAGUCCGGGCUCCCCGCUGAUUCCGAACCUCCUCUUCGCUUUCUAUGAGAUGCAAUUCUGCGGAGUUACGGCAGCAAUUAUCAUGGGAGCUGUGGCCGAACGUGGACGCAUGCUACCCGCAAUGGUUUUCGUCUUCAUUUGGGCCACGAUCGUGUACUGUCCUCUGGCGUGCUGGGCAUGGAACACGAACGGUUGGGCCUACAAGUACGGAGUUUUGGAUUACGCUGGUGGUGGUCCUGUCGAGAUCGGGUCUGGUCUGUCGGCACUUGCUUACUCCAUGGUCCUGGGCCGUCGCCAGGAGCGGAUGAUGCUGAACUUCCGCCCACACAACGUCUCUCUCAUUCUACUCGGUACCGUUUUCCUUUGGUUCGGAUGGCUGGGGUUCAACGGUGGCUCGGCUUUUGGAGCGAACCUUCGUGCCACCAUGGCUUGCUGGAACUCUAACUUGACCGCGGCCUUCGCCGGUAUGACUUGGGUUCUUCUCGAUUGGCGCUUGGCUCGCAAGUGGUCCAUGGUCGGUUGGUGCUCCGGUACCAUCUCGGGCCUCGUUGCGGCCACUCCGGCUUCUGGUUUCGUCCCUCCCUGGGCUAGUGUGAUCCUCGGCGUUGUGACUGGUAUUGUUUGCAACUACUCCACCAAGGUGAAAUACUGGAUCCGUAUCGAUGACUCUAUGGAUGUGUUCGCGGAACACGGUGUUGCGGGAAUUGUCGGUCUUAUCUUUAACGCCCUCUUCGCGGACGAUGCGAUUGUUGGACUGGACGGUGUCAACACUGGAUCAGGAUCCGGAGGUUGGCUGAUCCACAACUACAAGCAACUCUACAUUCAAAUCGCCUAUGUCGUCGCUACCUGCGCCUACUCGUUCGUCAUGUCCGCCAUCAUCGCCUACGCCAUCAACGCCAUUCCCGGGUUGAAACUGCGUGCCUCGGAAGAAGCCGAACUGCUGGGUAUGGACGACGACCAGCUGGGUGAAUUCGCCUACGACUACGUUGAAGUCCGUCGUGACUACCUCGCCUGGACCCCUCAGCAGCACAACCAGCUCGAAGACGGCCACCAGAUCCCCGCCGCGGCGCGGUACGGAAUCGGCGAGCACAGUGAGAUGAUGCUGGACGGCCACGCCCCGGUUGGUGUGGACAGCCGCGGAUGCAGCGAGGGUGACUCGGGCAUCCAGGAGCUGAAGAUGCAGCCUGCGCCGAGACAGGUAGCAGAACACCACGCGCCGCAUGAGCCCGAGCCGGUCGAAGAGCCUAUCCCGGCGACUCAAAUCAACGAAAAAGUGACGACCUGA